UGUAGGUUAGGAGCGAUCUCUGUAUACUUUGGAUAACUCCUUGCCUAAGAUAUCACUUUACUCUUGCCUUUUUUAAUCUCAAUUGUUUCUACCUUUGAGUCCUUUUCUUAACAUCAUUGUCGCAGUCUUGCUUCUAAUCCGAGUUGCUCGCCUUGAGUUUGUUCAGCAUUCCCAAUCUACCUUGGUAACCUUUUUGGCCUGGUUUUGGGAAGCUCUCUUUAUAGGACACCUAACUUUUGGUUUCAUCCGAAGUUCCUCAAGGAAUCUCAAGGGGUUCUAGGCUUUUGCUACCAAGAUGCUGCUACCGAAUAUAUUCAUGGCGUUUCUAGCCUCGCUUGCCCCUGUGCAGAGCACAUCCGUGGCCCCCCUAAAGAUAAACGCUGGGUGUGCCUUUCAUUUAACAGUAGGGAGCGGCCAUAAUGGAUUUCUCGGCCAAUUGACGGAUGGCCAGGUACGAGUUGGGAGCGACUUGGCGCCAUCACUCUUUACUUGGUUUGGUGAUGCCUUCACGGAUCAUCAAGGGAGAGGCUGUUGGUGGACUCCUCCUACGUUGAUACUUCAAUGCGACUCGGAUCAACAACUAGGCCAUGGGUUUGUCAUUGGGUGUUACGGCGGUGUGUCGUACGAACACCAAUCUUUGUUUUAUGAGUGUCAAACAGGCGAUGGGGACGAGGUAAACAUAUACCUGGAACCUAAUGGAGCUGAUUGUUCCAACAUUACUCUCCAUGCCGAUAGCUGUCGGCCUCCGUGUGCCAGUGCGAGCACUUCGUCGAGGCCGUUUACUAGUACAACUGGCACAAGUACGACAGCUUUGACCUCUCCUACAACUUCCCUUCAUACCUCAACAAGCCACACAACACAAAUUUCUUCGCAUGAUGAAACCACUACGGCCUCAUUGGCGGCCUCGACAGGUACACCUACGGUAGCCCCUGGCAACUGUAAAACACCCAUUUUCGAGCGUCCCGAUGAGGUCGUUCUAGUCGAUAAGAGCAAACCGGAUACCAGUAACGGCUUAAAUCCUAACAUGGUAGUUUUGCUGACGCCAGACGUAUCCGCCAUCUUCGUCUUCGAUUUUGAUUCUUCGGACUUAAAUAAACAGUGUGCUCUCAUCUUCGACUUACCUUCUGCCCAAGAACAACAACCUCCCCUCUAUACGCUGAAUGGAACCGGACUAGUGAGGUUCGCGCUGCUCGAGGAACCACCAGCCGAUAUGGGGAACACAACCUAUAAUAACGCACCGCCUGUUGCAAUGCCGCUAGAGUCGGUAAACCUAGAACCAGGCAUGAGCGCCCAGCCGCUCGAGUUUCCAUGUCCUGGAGAGGAUGGCCAUAUUGUCGUUGAGAUGCGCGAUAAGCCAGGCUCAGACGUGUGUUUGCACUACCAACAGAACAGAUCUGAGGUACUAAUCGGGUUGUAUCUUUUGAAAUGCUGAAGCGUACAUAUGUUAACGGGUAUCGGCGCCUUGCGUUAUGCUGGAAAGAAACCCGGAUGCUUUCAUACAGUGCAAGGGGAAAAGCGGAUUACGGGUAAGGGAGUAAGGGGGAAAUAAUAUAAGGCUUCCGGCCCUUAUAUGAUUUAUUCAAAUCAUUUUAUGGGUGGCUUCAAUGCAUCGAAGGAUGGCGCUGCCCCUUUUUUUGGUACAAUGUGGUUUGAAUCUUUAUCCACUGGGCUACAUGGAGGAGUGUGGGAUGGUGGGUGAUUGACAAGGCUCGAAACCUAGGUAUAGUUGAAAUAAUAAAGCCAGCUUCUAACUAUGCAAUCAUAAAGGUCUUAGGAGACUAUUGACAAUUUACU